AUGAAGUCAAACAGAAAGAUGGCUGUAGGACAUCGUACUCUUAGCUCUUUCGAAGCAAUGCUCUCAGCUCUCUUCGUUAUUCUUGUUGCCCUCUGUGCUGGGUUAAUUGCAGUGGCCUGGCUGGCCAUCAAGGAAUCAGAAACAGACGCAGACCUUGGAAAAAGUCAUGAAGUCAGAGGGACAUUUAAAAUAACAUCUGGAGUGACAUAUAAUCCUAAUUUACAAGACAGACUUUCCGUGGACUUCAAAGUUCUUGCUUUUGACCUUCAGCAAAUGAUAGAUGGGAUCUUUGAAUCAAGUAAUCUGAAGAAUGAAUAUAAGAAAUCGAGGGUCUUUCAAUUUGAAAAUGGCAGCGUUAUAGUCCUUUUCGACCUUUUUUUUGCUCAGUGGGUGUCAGAUGAAAAUGUAAAAGAAGAGCUGAUUCAAGGCAUUGAAGCAAAUAAAUCCAGCCAACUGGUCAUUCUCCAUAUUGACUUGAACAGUGUUGAAAUCACAGCAUCUUCUGAUAACUUCUCAACAGCAUUCCCUGUAACAACUUCAGAUAAGCUGACCACCAGCAGUUCUAUGACAACUUCAGCGUCUUUGGGUAACUUCUCAACAGUAAUUGCUGUAACGACUUCAGCCACAGCCUGUGAUGGAAGAUUUUUGUUAACGGGAAAUUCUGGGUCUUUCCAAGCUGACCGUUACCCAAGGCCGGGCGGGUCAGGUGUUGCUUGCCGCUGGAUCAUCAGUGUAAACCAAGGACUGUCCAUUAGAAUCAGCUUUGGAUCUUUUGUUUCACAUUAUACAGAUGUGUUAGAUAUUUAUGAAGGUAUAGGACCCAGCAAAAUUUUAAGAGCCUCUUUUGUGGAAACUGACCCUGGAACAAUUCGAAUUUUCUCCAACCUCGUGACAGUCACCUUUCUAAUAGAAUCUGAUGAAAGUGACUACAUUGGCUUCAGUGCCACCUACGGCACCUUUAACAGCAGCACCCUUCGCAAUUAUGAGAAAAUCGACUGUACUUUUGAAGACGGCUUUUGCUUCUGGACCCAGGACCUCGAUGAUGACAAUGAGUGGGAAAGGAUCCAGGGGCCACAGUUUCCUCUCUUCCCUGGACCACGUUUUGAUCACACAUUUGGAAAUGACUCAGGAUUUUACAUUUCCACACCAGUUGAUCAAGCAUGGAGAGGAGAAAGGAUGGGGCUUUCAAGCCUCUACUUAGAGCUCACUUCAGAGCCUGUCUGCCUUCAUUUCUGGUAUUACAUGUGCUGUGAAAAUGUAUACAACUUGAGCAUUGUUAUCAGCAGUGACGAAACCACACACAAGACAGUUUUUCAGAGGACAGGAAAUUAUGGGAUGAAUUGGAACUACGGUCAAGUCACAAUAAAUGAAACAAUGGAAUUUAAGGUUGUGUUCAAUGCUUUUAGAUUCCCAGGUUGGAGUACAAUAGCCCUGGAUGACAUAAGCCUAACAAAUGGAAUUUGUAGUGAGAGUCUUUAUCCAGAACCAACUUUGGUUCCCACCCCUCCACCAGAGCUUCCUACUGACUGCGGUGGACCUUUUGAAUUAUGGGAACCAAAUACAACAUUCAGUUCUCCAAACUUUCCAGAGGCCUACCCAAAUCAAGCUUUCUGUGUAUGGAAUUUAAAUGCACAAAAGGGAAAAAAUAUUCAACUUCACUUUCAAGAUUUCAAUUUAGAAAGCAUCAAUGAUGUGGUUGAGGUGAGAGACGAGGGAGACGCUGACUCCUUGCUCUUAGCUGUGUACACAGGACCUGGCCCUGUCAAGGACGUGUUCUCUACCACCAACAGAAUGACUGUGCUUUUCAUCACAAACACUAUGAGGGCAAGCACUGGCUUCAAAGCAAAUUUCACUACUGGAUAUUACUUGGGGAUUCCAGAGCCAUGCCAGGACGGUGAAUUUCAGUGUAAAGAUGGAAAGUGCAUUCCGAUGGGGAAUCUCUGUGAUGGACACACACACUGCACUGAUGGCUCUGAUGAAGAACAUUGUGUGCGUUUUCUCAAUGGCACAAUGAACAACAAUGGUUUGGUACAGUUAAAAAUAAACAAUGUCUGGCAUGUAGCUUGUGCUGAGAACUGGACCACACAAAUUUCAAAUGAAGUUUGUCAUCUCCUGGGACUGGGGAGUGCAAACUCAUCAAUGUCAACAUUCUCUACUGGAGAAGGACCAUUUGUGACUUUAAACAGAGCUCCUAAUGGUACCUUGACACUAACCCCCAGUCUACAGUGUUCACAAGAUUUAUUGACUAUGCUACAUUGUAACCAUAAAUCUUGUGGAGAAAAAAUGGUGACCCAGAAAGUCAACCCGAAGAUCGUUGGUGGAAGUGAUGCCCAACCAGGGUCGUGGCCCUGGGUUGUGGCUCUGUAUUACAGAGACAGCUACAGGGACCGGCUUCUCUGUGGUGCGUCUCUGGUCAGCAGUGAAUGGCUGGUGUCUGCUGCACACUGUGUAUAUGGAAGAAAUGUAGAUCCAACCAGAUGGACGGCAUUCCUAGGCCUGAAUAUGCAAUCAAAUCUGACUUCUCCUCAAGUAGAAAGACGGGUGAUUGAUCAAAUUGUCAUAAACCCUCAUUAUGAUAAGCGAAGAAAGUUCAAUGAUAUUGCUAUGAUGCACCUUGAAUUUAAAGUGAAUUACACAGAUUAUAUACAGCCUAUUUGUUUACCAGAAGAAAAUCAAAUAUUCGUUCCAGGGAGAAUUUGUUCAAUUGCUGGCUGGGGAUACACUGAAAUUCAAGCAGGUUCGACUGCUGAUGUACUGAAAGAAGCUGAUGUUCCUCUUGUAUCCAAUGAGAAGUGCCAGCAACAGCUGCCAGAAUACAACAUCACUGAAAAUAUGAUAUGUGCAGGAUAUGAAGAAGGAGGUAUAGACUCUUGUCAGGGUGAUUCGGGAGGGCCGUUAAUGUGCCAAGAAAACAACAGGUGGUUUCUUGUUGGUGUGACAUCAUUUGGAGUCCAAUGUGCACUGCCUAAUCGCCCUGGGGUGUAUGCCCGGGUCUCAGGGUUCACAGAGUGGAUACAAAGUUUUCUACAUUAGACAUUUUCCCGACCCAAACAUGAAAGUUGGACAGUGUUUGUUUGAUUGUUUUUCCUUUUUACUCAAAGUAGCAUGGCAACUGAGAGUUUCAUGAAAAGGAAAGAAAAGCUUUUCUUCUAAACUGAAUCAUUUAAAUAUUGGAAUAAGGAAGAAAGACAAAACAAAUUCAAAUCAAUCUUUGCAACAUAAAGUAACUCUAAA